CCCAUUCUCUGUCUCGCUGCCGUGGAGAGUGGACGUUCCGACGAGUAGAGCAGUCCAGCUCCUGCCAGGCCGGAGAGAGACGGAAGCAGGGAUUAAAUCCCGUCUUCUUCUUCCUUCUUCGUACCGGGACAUGGCGUGAGAGUCGUCGACCGACGCGAAGGGUUUUUUUUUUUAAGUUCCGAUUUUCGCUCCUGGCAGCUGUUCUCCGUUCUCACGUGCGCGGAAAUUCCCAGUGGUGUUUUCGGAUCUUUUCUUCCGCGUCUCCCCCCCGGUGCGGUGUCGCGGGAGGGCGGUGGUGGUGUUGAGUGUUUGACGCCGGACCAGUGCUUCGCCUCCUCCUCGGACGAUGCGGGAGUUGAUGGGAGCGGGCGGCAGCCCCCAGCCGCCGACCAGGGGCGCGCGCGCGCCGUCGCGGCCCGGGUACAUGGACCUGUCGCCCGAGCAGGCCGAGCGCCUCAUCUGCACCAAGCCCAUCGAGCAGUUCUACGACGUGGAGGAGCAGCCCUUCGCGAGGGGGAAGUACGCGGCCGUGCGCCGCUGCAGGGAGCGCGCCACGGGCCGCCGCUUCGCCGCCAAGUUCCUGCGCAAGCGCCGCCGCUCCGAGGACCUGCGGCCCGACAUCCUGCACGAGGUGGCCGUGCUGGACGCGUGCGCAGCCUGCCCGCGCAUCGCGCGCCUGCACCGCGUCUUCGAGUCGGCGCACGACAUGGUCCUGCUGCUCGAGCUCGCUCCUGGUGGGGAGCUCCAGAUGCUGCUGGAUAAAGACGAGGUGCCUGAAGAGAGACACGUCAAGAGGCUGAUGAGGGAGAUUCUGGACGGCCUUGUGUUCUUGCAUUCCAUCAACGUGGCUCAUUUGGAUAUCAAGCCGCAGAACCUGGUGUUAACAGCAGAUUUCCCACAAGGAGAAGUGAAACUGUGUGACCUUGGAAUUUCACGGUACAUCAGCCCAGGUGCAGAUAUCCGGGACUUCCUUGGGACUCCAGAUUAUGUCGCUCCUGAGGUGUUAAACUACGAGCCAAUCAGCCUUGCUACUGAUAUGUGGUCUGUCGGAGUGAUUCUUUAUGUCCUUCUGACUGGGUUCUCACCUUUCGGAGGCGACUCGAAGCAGGAGACCUUCUGCAACAUUUCCCAAUGUCGAUUGGACUUUCCAGAUGAUCUCUUUGAAGACAUUUCUGAGAAUGCCAAGGACCUAAUGAGGAAGCUAAUGGUGAAAGAUCCAAGCCAACGACUGAGUGCCCAGGCCAGCCUGAAACACCCCUGGUUCUCUGCGGUGGACUCGGUGCCACCCCACGUGACGGCGACACACAUCCUCACGAGGACGUGUGAGGUCCAAGAGACGCUCCACAUCUCCACCGCUUCGCUGACGCCCAGGAAGAUCGUGGCCAUGACGGGCCACGGCUCAUCGGUCCAGCAGAUGACUGCAGUUUCCAAGCCGGUGACCAAGUCCUCCAUGUCCUUCGCGAAGACUGCCCCGCCCGAAGCCCACCGCAGUAGUGCCAACUACGCAAAGACCGAGCAGUCACUCGCAACAGCAGACUUACAGAAGGGCGUGAAAGACAGAGGCAGUUCGGGAAUGAGCUCAUUCCGCAAGAACAGUUUCAAAAAACGCAUGGAGAGCCUCAAACAGACGUACGUGGAAGAAUCUGACAGUGACAACAAUAACAAUACAAACAACGACAACUUGAGUGUUGGUCCGGUGAACGACAACAGGUUCGUGCACGGUGAUGCGUCCUCUCUGCCGUCGGAGAGAACCACGGACACGACCAGGAGACUAGCUUCGGUGAACAAAGCGAUAGCGGUGCAGACCAUGCCCGUCGGGGGCCUGGGGCUUCGCGGUGUCAGCAACAGCAACGCUACCGUGGCGUGCAGACAAGUGAACGUUAACAUCUCCAGCGGUUCGACGAGCGCUCGGCCCGACUCGGAACGGGAAACGCUCUACACCUUCAGGCGGUGCAUCAUCCUGGGCGACUCCGAAGACGAGUCGUCGGACAGCGUGCCCGCCAAGGUCCUCUCCAUCCACUGUUCGUCCAGCUCGUCCGAGUCGGGGCUGGGCAGCUACUCCGACCAGUCCAGCAGCGACUGCAGCAGCGACACCGUGAGCGAGAUGUCCAUCGACUCGUCCAGCGACCGGUCCAGCAUAAUAUCCCUGGACGACUCCCUCACGGACUGCAGCUUCGCCAAGGUGAACGGCAGGGCGUUCUCGCAGGCGUUCUCGCAGACGCGCAGCGCCUGGGAGUUGGCGGCGGCAGGCGGCGGCAACAGGCCCGUGUCGGGGAUCCAGCCGCGGCUGCGGGCCUGCGGGGGCUCCCUCGCCAAGGUCCUCACGAGGUUCAACACCCCGGUCGUGCAGGAGGCCAGGCCUCACGGCCUGUUCCCCCCGUCCCCACGGCGCCAGGCACCCAAGUACGCCUACACCUCCGCGCUGAACCACGUGCUUGUUGCCACGGCGACCGACAAGUCCCCCGUCGUCAAGAAGGUGGACGUCAUGCGGGAGCAGAACGGGAACCUGGUUGUGAUCAGGGAGGCCAGGCCCGGCCGAUAUUCCACCCGCUUUUCCGAAGUCAAGUGCGAAUCGCUACAGUCGAGAAUCAAAAAACUACAGGUUCAGGGAACCAAAUCAUAACGUCCAAAAACUAUUACUUUCUUAUUUUUGAGAGAAAAGACAAUUAUUUCACAUGUAAAAGGUUUCACUUGUACAGUUAAACAUGCUUCCAUUAACAGUUUUAAACACCAAUAUUUAUUUUGUCCAGAUUUACUCUUGUGAGCUGUGGAAUUCUUCUAGUAAUGAGACAGAUGAUCAUUAUUUUGUAGAAUCUCAGCUCACAGACAGGCACUGUUCCGUGUGUGGGCUUCAAAAAAAUAAAACAAGUUUUUAUUUUUUGUGGAAGACUGAUAAUAAGCACACGCCAACUGAAUUAUAGUUUUGUACUCUCCAUAAUUCUGUAGAUACAGUGUCAUUGCUAAAUGCUAGAGCAGUUUUUGAAUAUGGAGGAUGAAAAAUAAUCAAAGUGCUCUCUGACUGCUGUAUUUAUAAACUACAUGAAGUGCCUGAAAAAUGUAAAUUUAGCCCUUGGAAGCAUGAUAUUUUUUAGAGGUUAGGAUUAAAGUGUGAUGCUUCAGAUCACUUGUACUGAGAGACUAGUCAUCAGUAGGAAUUUACUUGGCUGCUGUUAAAACGUGUGAUUUUCAACUAUCCGGCAGCUUUGGGUUAAUUUCACAGUAAUACGUCAUCACAGUAUACAAAAUAAAUUUGGUUCUAUUUUGUUUUAGUGUACAUAUACAUAUUAUCCUGUAGAUAAGGUUUCAUGUAAUUGUGACUUCUUUAAAUAUAGUUAUUAAUAUUGGUGCUCCAUAGACUUUUUUUAUAUAGGGAUAAUGUACAUUCCAGACAUAAAUUUUGUACAGUAUUUUGUAUGUACAGAUUGUCUACAUUGUAUUUAUACAUCAGCAUUUUAUUAAAUUGUCUUUGUUUACAUGUAUAAAAAUAUUCAGUAAUUACUUUUAAAACACUGCCUAUGCAAUGGAGUUCCAUUUAAGAACUCUGAUGACACGUUGAAGUUCCUACGAGUUAAUUGUGUGAGGCCAUAUGCUAGCUUGAUGGUGCUUUUAAAUUUUUAAUGUUUUAAUUUCUAAAAUGACGUAAUACAACAGAUAUUGUAGAGUGUCUUGUCAUAGAUUGGUUUUAUGUUAUGUAUACUAUGUCUUGUAAUUUAUUUUGUUGUGUGUGUGUAUGUGUUAAUAUUUAAAGUGCCAUUGAAAAAUAAUUGUAUCAAGUACAGUGAGAGUAGAUUAGUAUUUUAUAUGAAGUGUGUAAAUGUGUGCAUUAUUUUCUUAAUGCAGAAUAAAUUGCUUAUAAAAUUACACAGUUGAGCAGUUAUUUUUGUGCCUGUUUUAAAAAGUUAUUUAUUGACAGAAACUCUCUCUCUUCAAAAUUGUUUUAAUAACCCAGUGUUUAAUGACAUCAGUUGUUCCACAAAGCAUUACAUUAAUUAAUUUUUCAAUCUGUAAAUUUCACAAGGAAAAAUGUUUGGAAUGUUGCUUGAAAUUUUAUUUUUUUCAACAGACACUAAGGUAAUAAUAGAAAAAAUUAUAAAUUGUAGGAUACCCUACUAAUUAUGAAAAUAAAAACUUGAUCAUAAGGCAUUACCUACCCAAGGUUGCUACAGUUCACAAUAACGUUUUAUAUAUAACACAUGCUGGGCAUUAGCUAGUGUACAACAAAUGAAAUUAACCAGUGUUGAAACAUUUCUACCCUUCAAAUGAUUGUUUUACAAACUGAAAUUCCUAGAAUCAAUACAUAUACAUACUAGAAAAAAAAUUGACCUAGUAAAAUUUAUUUUCUUGAAUAUAAAAUCCUUUGAAUACUAAGGAUCUGAUGGCAUUUGAGAAUUUCACUGAACCAUCCCCUAGUUGUAAUGAAAUUUCACUGUGACAUGAAUGUUAUAAAAAGAAUUUUCGCUGUUUGUCUUACCAUGGCAUUGUUUUGAGUACGUCGUGUAUUGUUGAAUACUGGGAAAGAGCAAAGUACGUAGCGUAUGUGACAUAUAAUAAUUCAAGCAAGGAUGGACGUAGAGAGGGGUGGAACUGAGGGGCUAGGGGAAGAGGGAGAGAGCAGCCUGUCCCACGUGCUGGGUUAUGAAAAGGCACAGGAUGGACCAACAAUUUCUUUUGUAGACUACAAAAAUGUUUAAAAAAAAAAGGUGAACAGAAAAAAAAUUAUCACACAAUACUUUUUUUUUUGUUUGCUCAUUAUCAAUGAUCAUGUUUUAAAUGGAGAUCUACUUAAUUGCUCAGUUUCUAGUGAGUUUGUGUGGCAUGGCUUGCGUAGAUGCCGUGGAGGAUAAAGGGAUGGAAUUUAAUCCAAUUUUUAACUUGGUAUGUCCAAAAAUCCAUCAGGAGCUGAAAACAAAAAGACAACUCGAGCAAGGGAAAAAGAAGCCCAGCAAAUGUCAUUAAUUUUACAUAUAAUUUACACCGACAUUUAUUCUCGUUGGGAAGGGGUAGGGAGGGGGGUUGAGCUGAUCACAAUUUCUGCCCCAGGCAAAGAAAAACCUAAAGCCCUUGAAUUCAGGACAAUGUAAGUUAGGUAUUUUCCAAACAUGAAUUCGUAAGAGGGUGUAAAGUAAGCUAAAAGGUUUAAUUUCUACAUUGAAACUCAUCUGCUUUUCUAUUUGGUAAUAUUGUAUUUCAUAAUAGAUUAAGUUAUCUAAAGCACAAUAAAACUUUAUAUAGAACCACAAAUAAAAAUACACAAUUAUUAUCUGUAUUGUAUAACUUACAAGUACAAAAAAGAAUGCCUUUUAACCAAUUUAUUUUCUUUACUAUCUUAUAGUCUGCAGUCAAAAUAAAAAAAUACAGUUACCAGACACAAGGGUAACAAUCUUUACUACAGCCAAAGUUGCACUUACACUGCACAGUAAAGCAAGU